CUGUGUGCCCCAGAGCAACAGAAAUUGUUGCCACUCACAGAAAUGGCUUAUCCAAUUGUAUGGCAAAUAGAAGAUAUUUUCUUUCCUCUUAUUUCAGCCAUUGGUGUUACUGGUAAUUCACUGCUUCUAUUUCACUGCCUUCACAGUAAAUUUGGUGGCGAUUGUGAUCCUGUUCCGUGGAAAGUGUGGCCUCUCCAAGUGUGUGACUCAUUACCUGAUUGGAAUGGCAGUGGCAGAUCUCUUUGUUGUUGUCUUUGAUGCCAUAUUAUGGAUUACUGUUCCAAUUUAUUUACCAGAUUCGUUCGUGAAAAUGACAACUAUGUGCAGUCUUUUUUCUGCGCUGGGUUCAGCUGCCACAGUGGUUUCUGUCUGGCUCACAGUCACAUUCACUGCUGACCGAUUUGUGGCGAUUUGCUGUGAGAAGUUGAAAACAAAAUUUUGCACCAAGAGAACUGCAGCGUCAUUUCUAGGGACUGUGACCAUCCUGGGCUCCUUGGAAUCUCUACCCUGGUACUUUGUAUAUGAGCCACGAUACAUCAUUGACAAUAUUCCAUGGGGUUGCACCCAAAAGCCCAGUUAUUUCAGUUCCCCAGCGUGGGCUGCAUUUGAAAUGAUCAACUACAUUUUAACCCCUUGUGUGCCAUUCUUUCUGAUCUUGCUGUUCAAUGUGCUGACUGUCAGGCGUAUUUUAGUGAGCAGUCGACUCCGUAGGGGUCUCCAGGUGCAAAAAAGUGGAGGGAAACACAAGGAUGCGGAGAUGGAGAACCGGCUGAAGUCUAUCAUUUUGCUUUUCACUAUAUCCAGCAGUUUUGUGCUGUUGUGGGUGACCAGUGUUGUGUAUAAUAUUUACGCACGUAUUACAGAUAUCCGGUAUUACUCCUCCGACACAGACCCUCACUUUAUCACAGAUCGCACAGCAAAGAUGCUGCAAGUACUCAGCUCCUGCACCAACACAUGUAUUUACGCUGUGAUCCAGGUUAGAUUCAGGGAAGAGCUGAAGAAUGCAAUAGCAUAUCCCUUCAAGCGAAUUGUUAAAUUGUGGAACAAUGAGAAAUAACUCCCACUUCGCCUUCUGUUAUUAUCGACCAGCAGAGGCGAAAACUGAAUGUGG